CAAGAACAAAUACAAGUGGGGUUCGUGAUGUCUUCACUACAACUCCCUUGACUUGCCUUAUUACUUCCUCCUUUGAUGCUCUGAAGCUACUCCAUCACCCCAUUCAAUCCAUCAAUAUUAGUUAUGUUAACCAUCUUUAUCCCACAACUGUAUAUAAUUCCUCCAUUUUUCUCUACAAAUUCCCAUUCUCUAAUAAACUUCACCAUGAGAACCGCUUCCACCUUGCCAAAAUUAUUCAUUGCCAUAGCUCUUCUAUCCGGCCUCGUCAAACCUGAUCCUGACCCACUUCAAGACUACUGCAUCGCUGAUACAAAAGCGUCCAAAGCUUUCUUCAUCAAUGGUGUGCCCUGCAUUGACCCACAGCUAGCACAGGUCUCACACUUCACUACAUCAGCACUGUCCAAACCCGGAAACACAAGUGCCAACCCCUUCGGUUUCAGUAUCACACUCACCAACACCAUGAACUUGCCAGGGUUCAACACAAUGGGCCUGACCAUGGCUCGGGCAGAUAUAGCAGCCAAUGGGCUGGUCCCACUCCACAGCCACCCGAGGGCCUCGGAGGUGGCCACACUCCUAAAGGGUGCGCUCCUAGUGGGGUUCAUCGACACCAGUAAUCGUCUAUUCACACAACUAUUAAGGCCCGGUGACUCCUUUGUGUUCCCAAAAGGGAUGAUCCAUUUUCUCUAUAAUCUUGACUCGUUAGCCCCAGCAGUGGUGUUGGCCGGCCUCAAUAGCCAGAACCCUGGUACACAACUAACUUCUACGGCCGCGUUCGCAACAAACCCACGUUUACCGGAUGAGGUUUUGAAGAAGGCAUUUCAGAUUAGCGGGCAGGAUGUCGCCAGGAUUCGGAGGAACCUUGGAGGGUGAUUGUGCUGUUGAAUUCAAAUAAUUUAUGAUUAUCAUAAUUGUGAUGGUUUCCAGGAAUUGAAUGGUGCUUGCUGGCUUGAGGGGGUUGGUGGGUGCACCACUAUAAAAUUGACUUGACAACUCUCAUAUUUGUAAUUUGAAUUAUUUGAACCUGAAGAUCGUGUUUUUUAUGGUGUGAAGAUGAAUUCCAUCAAAAUUAUGAUGGCAACCAAGAGGACAGCCGCAUGGUAAGGGAAGAGUGUAAUGCCUUCCUGGAAUGGUGUUAGAUCACUCCAAUUUGUCGUCUUUGAAAAGUUGGGAAGAUGAAUGGUUGGAUACUUGUAUAAAUAAAAUUGGACAAGGCAAGUAGGCCAAAGUGGGGUAGCCAUCCGUGAGGAGAGGUGAGCUGGCUAUAUUCCCCCCUCUCACUUUCUGUAGUUUCUUUGAUAUUCCUUCCCCACUUGUCAAUCGUCCUCGCUGCCAAAACUAAAUCUGCUUUAUUAUUGCCCCCACCCAA